GGGCAAUCCGUACCCCAAAACAAACCCAACGUUCUAGAAUCCUCUUUUCGACUCCGCCCGCCUUCACUCCACAUCCCAAGAUUUCGCCAAAUACAUCAUCACCCUUCCUCUCAAUUUCUCAUAAUCAACCAAAGCCCCCCUCACCUCACCUCACCCACACCAGCACAACCAACCCACCAACAGAAAUAAAAAGAAAAAGAAUAUAAUGUACAUGUCCUCCACCCUCACCCGCGCCUCACUCAUCAACCUCCUCCUCACGACGACCGCCCGCAUCGCACCCGCAUCCGCAACACUCACCACCACCACCACAACCACAACAACAAGCACCUACCACACACCGCGCCACUUCCUCCACCAAGCAACCCUUCCUCUCCACCCUCACUGCUCAGCAAUCCACCUCUACAACAACACCAUCCCCAAUAAUAAAUACCAAAGCCAGCAAAGCACUCACUACUCCACAAUGAGCACGUCCAACGAGCAACAACAAACUCAACAAACCCAACAACAAGAACAGGACCAAAAGGAGAAGCCAAUUCUCGCUCUCCCAGACGCGGAAUCAGCCACGAAACUCGACGUUAGUGGGGACGGAUCAGCAGUUGCAUUGGAUCACUUGGGUCCUGUGGUGGUGAAUCAGGAUGGAACGUUAUCGCGCAUCUCGAAUUGGGAGGCUAUGACGGAGAUUGAGAAGAAGAAUACGCUGAGGGUGUUGGGGAAGAGGAAUAAGAUGCGGUUGGAGGCGUUGAAGAGGGAGAGGGGGGAGGGGAAUUAAAAUCAAGAUCAAGUUCGUGUCGGUCGUUGAUUGUGGUGAGUGGGUUGGGGUGGUAGGAGAUGGAUGAUAGAUGAUAGAAGGUGGAGAUUGGAGAUGGGGGAUGUAUUAUAUCAUGUUUGAAGGGGUGGGAUAUACUUGUGUAUUGUAUGAUAUUUGUUCGGUUCGGAUUACGCUGUAGCGAUUUCAUUGUUUAUCUUCAAAGCUUUUUCUGGUAUCAUCUGCUAUGGAAAGAAACGAGAUAUGAACUUCUAU